AUGCGUGUUCUUAAUCUUGCGGCCCCACCGAUUCACGGACUUCUUGCCGGCCUUCUUCAUAGGCCAAGUUUCGAGUCCCGGCAGAAGGCUGGCAGGAGGACUGAUCUUGCGUUUCGUUACUUUGGCUUGUUGCGUUCAAUCCUUUUGGGAACGAGCUCUCGAAAGAAGUUUCUUGCAGAGGUUUCGGGCACCAGGACUCUUUGA